GCACACCCACCACACUCGCCGCAAGCAUGGCAGCCGCACCCACACACACCGGCGGCGACGUCGACGAGGCCGAGGCCGCGCUCUACGACCGCCAGAUCCGCCUCUGGGGCCUGGAGGCGCAGAACCGCAUGCGCCGCUCCCACAUCCUCCUCGCCGGCCUCGGCGGCGUCGCGACCGAGGCGCUCAAGAACAUCGUCCUCGCCGGCGUCGGGCGCGUCAGCCUGCUCGACGACGCGCCCGUGCAGCCGGGCGAUCUCGAGGCCGGCUUCUUCUGGCGCGAGGACGACGUGGGCAACGCCCGUGCCGCCUGUGCGCUGCCGCGCGUCCAGGCGCUCAAUCCGCUCGUCAAGGUCGACGUGCUGCACGGCCCGCUGCUCGAGGGCGCGCACGAGGACGUCGCGGCGCGCCUGGCCGAGCUCGGCGUCGCCGUGCUCGUCGUCUCUGCCGAGCUGGCACACGACCGCACCCGUCUUAUCCAGCUCAACGACCUCUGCCGCACGCUCUCGCUCAAAUACUACGUGUCUGCGGCACAGGGCUUCGGCGGCUACAUCUUCUCGGACCUCGGGCCGCGCCAUGAGUACAUCGUCGAGCGGCCCGUCGCCUCGACAUCGGCCGCGCCUGCGCCGCUGGCGGCCACCACCAGCAGCAGCGCCGAUCCCACAGCUGCUGCCGCUGCGGCCGCUGCGCCUGCCGAGGCGACGUCGGCGCAGCCCGAGAAGGUGCAGAUCAAGAAGCGGCAGGCCUUUGUCACGCUGCAGGAGGCACUGCGCACAAAGUGGAAGGGCAAGAAGGGCAAGCGCAUGAGCCCGGGUGUCUUUGCGACGUGGGCGCUGUGGGAGCACACGUCGCGGCCAAGCGGCUCAUCCGAGCAGCCGCCAUCACCGGAAGAGCUGCACAAGACCUGCCUCACGAUCCUCGACGCAGCCGGCGUGCCGUCGAGCGUGCUCACAGCAGGCGGCGAGCCCGAUGAGGUGUCCUUCUUCACAUCCUUCCUGCGGAGUCAGACGACACACGGCGACUUCUCACCCACAUGUGCCAUCAUCGGCGGCGUGCUGGCGCAGGACAUUCUCAACGCGCUCGGCGGGCGGGAAGAGCCGCUGUGCAACUGGUUCCAGCUGGACGGCCUGGCGGGCAAGGGCCCGGUGCACGACAUCGGCACGCCUCCGAGCGACGUCAUCCCAGCUGCGGCCGUGGCAGCACCCGCCUAG